AUGCAAUUGCACGGUUUCUGCGACGCGAGUCAAUCUGGUUACGGCGGCUGCCUAUAUGUAAUAUCGCGAGAUGAGUUCCUUAACACACAUGUACGUCUACUUUGCGUGAAAAGUCGCGUAGCUCCCCUUAAGGACACCACCAUACCACGUAUAGAAUUACGCGAAGCAUUAACACUCGCGCGUUUAUACAGAGAAGUCCGGACUGCUGGCGGAUUGAAACCUGACGAGGUAACAUUCUGGUCCGACUCGAUGAUUGUACUGGGUUGGCUAAAAAGAGACUUUAACAACCCAGCGGACGCUUUAUCUAGGGGACAACUUCCGCACGAUUUCCUGAGGAACGAGGCAUGGUUUCAUGGACCACCCUGGCUCACACAACCAGAGACUCAGUGGUCCAUCCCGACAGAAAGGAAAAUUCUUGAAUUACCAGACGUAAAGGGAUUAUCGGUAUUAACGACGCGAACUAAAUCAGGAAGUGUAUUUCAGCGAUUCUCUAAUUACGCGCGAUUAUUAAAGAUUGUAGCUCGAUGCCGACGAUGGCUUGAAACUAACUCAUAUAAGGGAGAAUUGUCUACUGCGGAAAAAACAGAAACGGAACGAUACGUUUUAAGGAUCGUGCAAGAGGAACAAUUUCACGCCGAAAGAGAAAAAUUAAAAAAAGCGGGGGGAGUCAGUAACACAAAACUCGCUGCGUUAAACCCGAUCCUUGUCAAAGAUUACUUAUACCAAGUGGGAGGUCGAUUCCGAAGGCAAAUUCAAUCAUUCCAGGAGAAAUAUACAAAAUUAUUACUCUUACACUACCACAUGAUCGAUCUCCUUAUCCGAAAAUUCCACGAACGAAACUUUCACGCCGGUAUACAGACUACCCUUUAUGCCCUUAAACAACGAUUUUGGCUCAUCGACUGCAAGAAUCGAGUCAUCCGAUGUAAAACGGGUGAUUUACUGAGCUCGCGAGUACAGGAAGCCAUCGCAUUCUCCCACGUAGAAGAGAAUUUCUUUGGUUUAAUCUACGCGAAGGAAAAGAAGUACUGUAAUAAGGGCCGCGGUAAAAAAUACGGGUGCAUCUUCGUCUGUAUGACUAUAAAGGCUGUACACAUCGAAUUAGUCAGCGAUCUGACUACGGAUGCUUUUCUAGCCGCUUUCCGGCGGUUUGUGAGUCAAAGAGCUGUUCCAACUCACGUUUAUUCUAAUAACGGAACCAACUUCGUCUGGGCUAAUAACCAGUUAAAGAAACUAUAUGCCUUGAUCGAGUCGGACAAAGGUUUGUUGGAGGCUGCAGUCAAAUCUUUCAAUUAUCAUUUUAGGCGAAAUGUGGGCGAACUUCUCUUCGCAUACGAAGAACCCAACGAUUCCCUUGUAGGUACAAGGAGAUCGCCUGGCCAGCGAUUAUCCGGUUAUGCUGAGCAAGUCAGCGGAGAUAUGCUGAGCGAUUCAGCAAAUAUGUCGAGCGUCUUAUGCUAUAAGCGAUGA